AUGGCCGUUAUCAUGGACAACUACCCCAAUACGGACACGACGUUGCAGUUUAGACCUAGUGGUGCCCCUACGCCUGAAGGCUCGGCUCAUGAACCCAUUCGCUCGAACGGGCCGCGCUACUAUCAGCGUAUUCGCCUGGAGUCGCCGAUCCACCUUAGUGACGAAUGUGAAGAAUCGUCAUCCGCUGAUAACUCAGACAUCCCAUCUGAUAGUACCCUUGGCGGCCUUUGGAUUGCGGACCACGCUUUCCGCGUUGUCCAGGAUCUAGUCAGCGACUGCCGUUCUCUGUGCAAGUUCGAUCAGAUGUCCGUCGACAUGGACUACGAGGACAGCUUCCCUGACGCAACUAUAAGCGUCGACAUCGACGCCGUCGCACGUUCCCCCCUCAUCUUCCCGUCUGUCACCUGCCUGCGAUUGGCCGGGAGGUCCUUCGCGGAGCUCGGUACUCAGCGUCCGCUCUUUGAGAGUCUGGCGACUACGUUCCCUAACCUGCGCGCGCUGGCCGUGGCGUCCUCUGUCUGA